UAUAUCGAUUUAGUAUCAAUGAUACUACAAUCUAUAUAAAACAAGAAUUCCAUGUGGCUUCUCGAACUAGACCAAUCACAGUAGUUAUUAGUUCUCACAUGAACAACACUUCAAGGGGAGUGAAAUUUUGAAAUCUUGUUUAAACAAGAAUGAAGGUGUAGAAAGAGAGACGAGGGCGACGAGCAACGCACUUCUUCCRUCUUUGAAAGUGAUUGACCGUUGGACAUAUCUAUCUCUUGUUGACGCUUCAAUACACCUUCGUUAGAGRAAAACCAGACUGGACGAAGAAGUACGAAUUGAAAAAGUAAAAUACAAAAGAAAAUAAAUAAAUAAAUGGAUGUUCUUAUAAGACAUAUUUAAUGUCAGUCUGACAAUGGAAAAUAACUCAAAGAAGACAAAUUCGCAACAUAAAAACAAUUUCACCAUCAGAAGACAAUUAAAUGACAUAAAGCUAGAGGAUGUCAAUCAUUGGCUCAAGGAAAGAAUUGAUUUUACCGGCAAUACAAAAGACUCAGUAGACAAAGAAACUUUGUGGCUCGAUUUUGUCACAUUUUUUAACUUAAAUAGCGACAAAAGGUUAAAGUUUUUUGCAAUUUUGGGUGCUGCUCUCAGUGGAAUGUCUGGAGUGGUUCCAGCAAACAAGAAAAAAAAACGCGUAGGGUAUUGUGGCCUUCKUUUAAAAGRACAGCAGCAACACAACAAACAAAAUCAAGGAGAGAAGAAGGAAGAAGGAAACAAUGAAGAAAAAUACAAACCUCCUACGAAAAAAAGAAGAAAAACAACGCUCGAGUAUGAAAACGUGGUGUCAUGGCUAACAAAGAACUACCGCCAAGUUGAUGAAAAUGACAGCGUUGCCGGAAUAUCGAUAUGGCAGCGCUUCAAGAUGGAAGAAUGUUGUGCUUCUGAUGAACGUGAGGUUUUUUUGUCAAUGUUAGGCAUGUGCAUGAGCCAGAACGUAUCUUUCGCUAAAGUAACAAAAAGGAAGACUGGAAAGGUCCAUUUCUUUGUACACUUAAGAGAAACAUCUGAAAUUAAGGUAAACCAGCGCGACCAAGACCAAGAUAGUGCAGAUUUCCCGAAAGAUGAUGAUGUAGGUGAUACCUCAAAAACAGAUCAACAAAAAAAGCAAAUGACAGAUCACAUACCACAGGUAAACUCUGCUAAUGAUUCCAUAGAUUGUGAUGUCUAUCCAGCAGAAAUUCAAGAAACUACCUCCGAUUAUACUUUGCUUGAAACUAUUGAAGAUAAUGCACUGUCGGGUGAUCAGCACAAUAUUGAUUACGAGCAGAUCGAUGUUCAAUCCGAAAGCGGCGGCGAUGACCCUGAUAAGAGAUUACAAGAUAAAGAGAUAUCAUUUGAAAAUGAUGUUAUUGACGACCUACCAGAUAAGGAAAUAGUGGAUUUAGAAACUGACGCCAGUWGCCAUUCUGUGAUCUGCAGUUCCGAUGAUAGUGUGGUGAGGGAAGUGACCCAUGAGAUCAGUAUGAAAAGCACCAUUGUACUGCGAAAAGACCUGCUAGAUAAAUUUUAUAAAAAUCUUACUAAUUUCCAGUCAUGGCAUCUUCCUGGGACCCACUCUUGUUUUUCAUCAUAUCUUGACGAGGUAUUUCCUGUGGUUGACCGAGAUAACGACGAAAGAAAGAGAAUCCAUGCUUUGACUGCUAGGUCCAAUAAGGCGCCACCAGGUGAAAUYAAGACAAGAGCAUUUCUUGCGGCUUGCUUUCCUCCCAUUAAAGUCGGCUGCACAGCUGGGGGAUUAGUAUCAAAGACWUUUGAAGAUGACCUGUUUCCUCAGUUCAGCCACCACGGAAAAAGUAAUUUUGAAUGUGAGAUAUGUAUUCCAUAUCAAGCAUGGGCCAUAAGAAACCAAAAGCACCAUUCCCGCCUAAGGUUCAGGGUCCAGGCAAAUGUAGAAAACGUUCUAGAUGGCACAGCAACUCUUAGAUUUUCUGGAUUUUCCAUGCUACGAGAACAUGCUAAAUCAAAGUACCACGUUGAGGCCAUUGACUUCUUUCAAAAUARUGUAGAGAGACCAACCCCGGUGAUGCAGAUGAUGCCCAGUAGAACUAACAAGGUGAAGUCAUCACUCAGUGGACAACAGGAAAUCGGCCAAUUCUUCGAGAAUUCAAAAAAAGAGAAGCGGCUUUCAGAGAAGGGGCACCGGAYAAGAGGUCGGUUAGAUGCUGUUAUCUCUGGGAUCUGGAAGUCGCACAACACUUUGCCCAAGAUAAAGAAAUAAGGAGAACAACACC